AUGGCGAACCAGAAAACACUUCUUUCCGAGCUUCGUUCUCGGAGCGCUAUCGACUGCGACACCCUGGACGUAGAAGUCGCUCAAGCGUUGGGACCUUUCGUGGAUUGUACAUCAAAUCAGGCUAUCGUGAACAUCGAACUGCAGAAAUCAAAGAACGAACCUCUUGUCGUGGAGUCCAUUCAGCAAGCCAAGCAGCUGUAUGAACAAUAUGCUUUGGAGGCCACGUUUGAACAAUUCGCCUCAGAAGUUAUGGCAGUCAGACUCUCAGCCAAAAUGCUUCCCUACCUUACUGGCCGCGCCCUUAUUCAAACAAACCCCUACAACGCUUACUCAACCUCUGCUACCAUCGCCAAUGCUAAGCGCAUCAUUGCCAUCUAUAAGACCAUAGCACCUGACCACCCUAGCAACCGCGUGUGCAUCAAGAUCCCUAGCACUUGGGAAGGCAUUGCUGCGUGCAAAGAGCUCGAGAAGCAGGGGAUCGUGACUCUGGCCACGACUCUGUUCUCAAUGGAGCAAGCUGCUCUUGCUGCGGCGGCAGGGUGCUCGUACAUUGCGCCUUAUGUUAAUGAGUUGCCGGUGCAUUUUGUUGCUGGACACAUCGACUCAGACAAAGGUUUCGCCCUGACCCGCUCCUGCCAAAAGUUCUACUCUCGCAUUGGCAACACCAAGACUCAAGUCAUGCCCGCCUCUCUGACUUCAGUAGACGAAUGCCUUCAAGUCAGCGGCGCCAACCACAUCACUAUCUCUCCACCUUUGCUUGCUGCUCUUGCUGCCACUCCUGCCCCCGCUUCUGCCGCGCCUCUCUUCUUUGAUGAGGUUGUCGACGAGGCAGAAGGUGAAGACGCAGUAUUGAUGGAACUUGCCGACAACGAAGCAAAGUACAGAAUCAGAUAUACAAGAUUAAAGAACGGAGCUGCGGAGAAGAAGCUGACGGACGCAAUCAACAUCUUUGCGGAUUGUCAAGAUGCUACUGAGGAGUUGAUUAGGAGGUAUGCAAAUUAA